GAGAGAGAAAGAGAGAGAAGGAGAGAGAAAUUUUGUCAUAAGUUUCUUGCCUCAUUGCAAGUAAAAUCUUAUUCAAAUACAUCAUGGAAAAUUCUUUGUAAGAGAUCUCGCCCAUUUACAUAAAUGAAUUAUACAUAAUGGCAGGGAUGCUUGUAGAUCGUAGUUAUUGUGCGAAGUUACAUCGGAGUAUCGGUCACAAUAUCGAUUUAUUCGUCUCCGGGUCCGAUCCACGAUCUAAAAAGAUUUAUUUUGAUCGAGUGAAAAAGAGAAGAAGAAAAAAAAGAAAAAGAAAAAGAAUAGAAAAAAAAAAGAACAGAGAAAGUCAUUUUUAACUUCGAGAAACGUAUAUAGCACACGAUUUAUACAGGACAUCUUAUAACGACGAAACGGAAGUCGAAGAAUUGGAACGAAGACGGAUACAAGUUUGAAAUCAUUGUUCAUUGAUUAUUUGGAGAUCUCAGAGAAUGUCUUUCGCGCAUGCGUGAACGAUCGAUCGAUGCGUGCUCGUUUCGUUAAAAGGUUACAAAGAAUCCAUGAGCUGAUUUUUACGAUAGAUAUUACAAGUAGAAAGAUAAACGGUAAAACAACAAAAAGAAAAAAAGAAACAUAAGUAGAGAAGAUUGAACGGAAAGGAAAGAAGCUUUUUCCGGAAGUUGUUACUUCGUGGAACAUAAACACGCGCCAAAUUGAAAAUGGGUUUGUCAGCUUGGGUCAGGAAACAUUCGAUGAUAUUGAUCGCCGGUGCUACCAGUACGGCUGGGUUAUUGUAUUCCUGUUACACCACGAAUAAACGGUUGGCUACCUUGAUUUCAUUGUGUUCCUUUGGUAGCGCAUGUUUACAGAAACAUUAUGGGUCUCGUCAUAUGCUCAAUACGAAUAAGGUUGUUAUAGUUACAGGAUGUGAUUCAGGACUUGGUUAUAGUUUAGCAUUGCAUUGUCAAUUUCUUGGUGCCACCGUUAUAGCCAGCGUUUUAGACGAGAACGGUCAGGGUGCUGAAUUAUUAAAGAAGACGGGAAUCAUUGUAUUACCACUCGAUAUUACAAACGAAAAGAGUAUUGAACAAUUUUACGGUGACGUACGCCUAUUACUCAACAAAAAGAGAUAUACUUUGAAAGCGUUGGUGAACAAUGCGGGCGUUAUGAUAUUCGGCGAAUUCGAAUGGCAAACCAAGGAUCAGAUGAAACAUCAAUUGGAGGUGAAUUUUCUUGGAACGAUGAAGAUCACACAUCAAUUGAUGCCGCUCAUCCGAAGGGAUUCAACAAGGAUUGUCGUUGUCUCGAGCCAUUGCGCGAGCGAACCAUUACCCGGAGUAGCGGCCUACAGCGCGACAAAGGCCGCGAUCAAUGCUUGGGCCACGGCCAUCAGGGUAGAAUUAAAGAAAUAUGGCAUCGACGUUGUUACCUUUGUACCUGGAUCCUUCACCCAAGAGAGUAACAUUUUGGCCAAACAAUCGGAAUGUUUCGAUGCAAUGAAAGAAUCUAUGACAUUAGAUGCGAGGUAUUUCUAUAAGGAUUAUUUUGAUCGAUAUGCGAAAUAUUUUGAACCAUUGGCUUGUAAGGUCACGCCCAAAGCCGUCGAGAAUCCAAGGAUUUAUGAAAAAUUCGAGGGAGCAUUAUUGGACAGUUAUCCCUCGUCGGUUUAUAAAUGCGAGCCUUGGAGAUAUUGUUUCUAUUAUACAUUAUUUAAAAUCACACCCUAUUACAUACGUGAUCGAUUGACCGAGUCAUUUGUAAAAUUACCGAAUUGGAAAGAAAAGAAUAUUGAUAAGGGGUUUGAGGUCGAUAGUUCAAAGGGCCCGAUUUUUGAACAGAUCGCUAAGGAUUUUAGUUUGUUAGAAAAAGAUUUAUAGCAUACGAAAGACUGCUCAAGCACAGGUGGGUAUUUCAAGUGUUUGAAACGAAUGAGAGUUUAUCUUUUUGUAAACAGGUCUUUGAUUAGAUAUUAGGGAGCAAUAAAUAC